AUGGGUUGGUUCAGCAGCUCAAAACCCGAACCAAACGGCGCAGCCUCGCGCGAAGACCGCCAAAAAUGCUGGGAAGACCGCGACGCCUACUUCGAGUGCCUCGACACGGCCGGCGUGCUCAAGGCCGGCGACGAGGGCUCCGCGUGCGCGAAGCAGAAGAGCGCGUAUGAGGGGAGCUGCGCGAGGAGCUGGGUGGAGUACUUCAACAAGCGGCGCAUUCUCGCCGAGCAGCAGAAGGAGAUGCUCGCGCAGGCCGAGGCGCAGAGGCAGCAG